GAAAGAAUACCCUUUUUUUUCCUUAAGAUGUAAACAAUUCCUUUUCGGCAUUCCUAGAAAUCGAGAAUUCUCUUGCUCAGAGCAUAGAUCUGCUUUGCCCUAUGCAGUGGAUUAAACGCUCUUAAGAUUUGAACAGACUCCACUUUGAGCUAAAGAACUCGAAUUUCCGAGUCGAGCAGAUGUCCUUUUCUGUUCACGUGUCCUUGUGACGAUCCUCCCUGAAAAGAUUCCGACGAAAAUUCAGAUGAGAGAGGGGGAGGUGGUAGACGUGGUGAGGAGAGAAAAAGUGAUGGUAGACUUGGCAGGGUGGCUGCUGGGGUUACAUCACCAAACUCAGAAAUUAGAACGGCGACAAGUGAUCUAGUCGUGUUCCUCUUUUCUUCGCCCUUCUCUUGCCUUUACAGGCCAACAGAAUCAAUCCUCUUCCCUACCAACAUCAAGAACAGGAUUCCACGAAGAGAGAGAGUGGUUGAUUGGUUCUACUUCUAGUCCUUGCUAAUUCACAGAUUCAGCAGGGAGACAGCGGGGGAGAGAGACAAAAAUGGAAAGAAGAGAUUCGGUUUAGAAUAAAAUAUUCGAAAAAGGGUGUUGUAAUGCAGAUGGGAACGUAUUGGGGAUCACUCGAAAGGGGAAAAGCAGAGGACGAAAGAGAAAGAGAAAGCGGAGGAGACGUCAAGAGAUUGUGAUUUUUCUUUGGUGGGGGGUUGAUGGGUUUGCGUGGAGUCGAAGGCAAGAUCUCCUGGUGGUGUUUGGUUGGGAGGAGAGCUUCUCGAUUCUGGUAAAGAGUUCGGCCUGAAUUUGAGCCGACAGAUGCUUUGGUUGGUUCAUAGCAGCAGCAGCACCACCGCCGCCGCCGUCGACCAACUCUGCAUCUCGACCAUAGAUCCAGGGUCUUCCUCAACCUCUCUGAAUCUGGAUGGACGCCACCACUCGCCCUGCCGUCGUCAUUGAUAAUGGAACCGGGUAUACCAAGAUGGGUUUUGCUGGUAAUGUUGAGCCUUCUUUCAUCAUUCCUACGGUCGUGGCUGUAAAUGAGUCCUUUUUAAAUCCAUCGAGGAGUUCUGGUAAAGGGAACUGGUUAGCGCAACACAAUGCAGGUGUUAUGGCAGAUCUUGAUUUCUUCAUUGGUGAGGAAGCCUUGCAAAGAGCUAAAGCAAGCAGCACGUACAAUCUCAGUUACCCUAUUCAUUAUGGCCAGGUAGAGAAUUGGGACACAAUGGAGAGGUUCUGGCAGCAAUGUAUAUUCAACUAUUUGCGCUGCGAUCCGGAGGAUCACUACUUUCUGUUGACAGAGAGCCCAUUGACUGCUCCUGAAAACCGAGAAUAUACAGGAGAAAUCAUGUUUGAAACAUUUAAUGUCCCUGGACUUUACAUUGCAGUGCAGCCUGUCCUUGCUCUUGCUGCUGGAUAUACAACUUCAAAGUGUGAGAUGACUGGUGUUGUUGUCGAUGUUGGUGAUGGAGCUACGCACAUUGUGCCGGUAGCAGACGGAUAUGUCAUUGGGAGCAGUAUCAAGUCUAUUCCUAUUACUGGAAAAGAUAUAACCCUUUUUAUUCAACAACUAUUGAAGGAAAGGGGGGAGCAUAUACCACCUGAAGAUUCAUUGGAAGUAGCCCGAAAGGUGAAAGAAACAUAUUGCUACACUUGUUCAGAUAUUGUCAAGGAGUUUGGAAAACAUGAUCGUGAGCCCUCUAAGCAUAUUAAACGAUGGACUGGUGUUAAAUCAAAGACAGGUGCACCAUAUUCAUGUGAUAUUGGAUAUGAGCGCUUUCUGGGUCCUGAGGUUUUCUUUCAUCCUGAGAUUUAUAGUAGUGAAUUCGCCACCCCUUUACCUGUUGUAAUUGACAAGUGUAUACAGUCAUCACCAAUUGACACUAGAAGGGCCCUCUAUAAGAACAUUGUAUUAUCUGGAGGAUCAACCAUGUUCAAGGACUUCCAUAGGAGGUUGCAGCGCGACAUAAAGAAGAUUGUAGAUGCUCGUGUAACUGCAUCCAAUGCUCGACUUGGAACUGAAGUGAAAUCACAGCCAUUAGAAGUCAAUGUAGUAAGCCAUCCAAUCCAGCGGUUUGCUGUGUGGUUCGGAGGUUCAGUUCUUGCAUCAACACCUGAAUUUUACAAUGCUUGCCAUACCAAAGCCGAGUAUGAGGAAUAUGGUGCAAGUAUCUGCCGUACAAAUCCAGUGUUCAAGGGGAUGUAUUGAUGCUGAAAUGGCUGAUGCCUGCAACUGAUCACCAGUUCUGAAAAUAGACAAUUUUGUCCGUGUGGAGCUACAUCCUUGUGAGAGAGGCUUUCUAAUUAUAUUUUUUUCUAAUGAAGGUUGGGCCCUCGGGGGGGUUGUACUAUAGCUGUUCAUCUAGGUGUAUAAGGCUUCAGUUCGAUUCGGUCUGCUUCAUCCAUAUUCUUUGUCAGGUAAUAAAUCGUGGUUGCUAGUCCCCAGUUAAGAGGUUUCACGUAGUGAUUAUGCCGGGAAGAAGCAGCUCAUUUAGUAAACUGAGCUGGAGAUUUUUAUUGUUCAGCUUGGUUGGGUCAGAGUAUUACUGUACAAGUGCCAUUAGUUAAAUAUAUGUUUAUUUACUGGUCU